AUGACUUCUGAGCGUGAAAACAAGACUUUCCUCGCCCGCCUUUGCGAGCAGGCCGAGCGUUACGAUGAGAUGGUCACCUACAUGAAGGAGGUUGCCAAGCUCGGCAGCGAGCUUACCGUCGAUGAGCGCAACCUCCUCAGCGUCGCCUAUAAGAACGUUGUCGGCACCCGCCGUGCCUCGUGGCGCAUCAUCUCCUCUAUUGAGCAGAAGGAGGAGUCCAAGGGCUCUGACAAGCACGUCCCUACCAUCCGGGACUACCGCAACAAGAUCGAGGAGGAGCUCGAGAAGGUUUGCCAGGAUGUCCUCGAUGUCCUCGACCAGCACCUUAUCCCCCAGGCCGCUAGCGGCGAGUCCAAGGUCUUCUAUCACAAGAUGAAGGGUGACUACCACCGAUACCUCGCCGAGUUUGCCUCGGGCGAGAAGCGCAAGGUCGCUGCCACUGCUGCCCACGAGGCCUACAAGAGCGCCACCGAUGUUGCCCAGACUGAGCUCACCCCCACUCACCCCAUCCGUCUCGGCCUUGCGCUAAACUUCUCGGUCUUCUACUACGAGAUUCUCAACUCCCCGACCCGGCGACGCCGAGGGUGCCAACGCCCCGCCGAGGGUGCCAGGCCCGCCGCUGAGGGCGAGCCCGCGAAGGCCGAGGAGGAGCCCAAGCCCGAAGAGCCCGCCGCUGCCGCCUCCUAA